GGGAAGGCUCCCGCACACCUUCUGUCUGAAACGCUCGCUCUCUUUUUUUCUCAUAGCCUCGCAUAUCGAAUUUUAUUCCCAAGCACCCUGCCCUCACCGCGCUAAUUAACGACCUAUCGCUACGAAAAUUUCAAGUCAAUGACCUCUUGAACUAUCGACCCCUCUAUCUCCCCCCAUUCCUCUCUCCACAUAAAAGUACACACACAAGUUCUGGACACAAAGCCGGUCACCUAACAUGCCCCCCAAAGCCGCUCCCCGCCGAGGCGCAUCCACCGCCGCGGCAAACCGGCGAACGAAUGCCUCAGAACCCAGCUCGAACUCUGCAACGCCUGCACCGGGCGACAAUGCCAGCGCCGGACCUUCAGUCAGCAGACCUCCCGUUCAACGACUGCAAUCUUUGAAGAAACGCACCCCGUCCGGUAGCAUCGGGCCUGCCGCGAAAACGCCCGCUCCCGGCGGGCCUGGCGAGCCAGCCAAGCCUACGUUGAAGUACAAACCGCGUGCGGUCGGGCGUCGUAGUAAAGAGGAGCGAGAGGCGAUUGAGAAACUCGAGGCAGAGCGGCACCGAGAGAGAUUGGCGGAAGCGGCGGCCAUACAGCGCGGACGGGGAAAUCAUGGACCUGGUGGUCGGGGCGGGUUUGGACGAGGUCGCGGAGGACAGUUUGGGGCAGCCAGUGGGCCUCUGGGAUCUAUGCAAGGCCGUCGGGGUCGGGGUGGUGGUCCGGGUGGGUUUGGAUCGAGAUUCAAUGAUUCCAGGGCGUCAUCUAUGUCGAGGCGGAGUCGGUCGGUUAUUGAUGUUGGAAGUGGGGCGGUUAGUCGGGAUGUGUCGUCUGAUGAGAGUGACAACGAGAUUCGGGUGAGCAUUGAUCAUAUCAAUCUGGACAGUGAUGAUGAGGAGACGGAGCGGGUGGUGGAUAAGAAGAAGGGAAAGCUUGCGAUGAAGAAUGCGGAUGCUUCUGGGGAGAGGGGUCUACGGCCCAUUCGUGUGGAGAGACAUGAGCAUGAGGAACGGGUGGUUAGUGUCAACAUGGAGUCUAGCUCGAGUAAAUCUGCCGAGCUUCGCCAACAAGCGCAGGCUAAGGCUGCGGAGGAUGAUGCUCUAUUUGUGCCGGAUGAUGAUGGUUCGGCUGGUUCGGCUACGGAGACCGAGACUGGGCCCCGGGUGAAACAAGAGCCUACGGAUGAUGACCACGCUAUGGCGGAUGUCGCUCACCAUGCGGAUGAAGGACUGACCACCGAUGAUGGAUUACUGCCGGAGCAAAAGGUGAAGGUCCGUCGGAAGAUCUCUCGGGAGCCGCCCGCCGUCAAGGAUCCCAAGAGUUUACUACGCACCAAGGAAGAUAUAGAAGAGUACGAGAGACAUGAGCAAGACCUUGCGAUGGUGAAGGAUCUAUUUACAAAGGAAGAAAAACCGCCCGCCGAAGAGCCGAAAGAGACACAGCCCGAACAAGUUGAGUCUUCGGCGGAGGAUACUGAGACGGCGGCGGCGGACGGCGCGGAGAAGGAUAAAGACAAGGAAAAGGAAUCGGAAGAGGAAGAGGAAGAAGAUGAAUCUGCCAAGGACAAACUGUCCGGUCAACUAUUCCUGAUGCAAUUCCCACCCAUGACACCCAAUCUUGUGCCAGAAAACGGCGGUGAUAAUUCUGCCACGGCACCUAUAGAAGCUCCGGGUCAGGGUACCCCCCAGGGUACAGCUAGUAACAACGGUAAUGUGCCACAGCAAACGGGAGUCAAACGCGAAGACGGGGUGGAGAUUCUCGAUGAAGCGGAUGAAUUCCAGCCCACGGAGCCUUCUAAAGUGGUCACCGCUACGGAUUGGCAGCUUAAAGCUGGGCGCGUAGGCAAAUUGAAUGUCCAUGCCUCCGGGAGAAUGACGAUGGACUGGGGUGGUAUCAGCUUUGAACUGGAUCGAGCCACCGCCGUUGAUUUCCUCCAAGAAGCAUUGAUCGUAUCGGGGGCAGCCGAUCCAGCUGAAGGGGGAGUUCCGGAAGAGGAAAACAGAGUAUGGGCUAUGGGACAGCUUAGCGGCAAGUUCACUGUGACGCCUGAUUGGGAGAAGAUGCUAUGAAACGGGAAGGGCAGCGGCAACAUUAAACCCUAAUAGACGUCGAGUCAUGAAGCGUGGUUUCAGUAUCCGCCCGCCAUGCAGGAAGGCAGCCACCCGACACUCUACGACUGUGGCGUAUUAGUUGAUUGAUCUCUGGAUCUGCAUCUGUAUUCCAAUGUAUCUAGAAAUAGCGGCCAACGAGAUUCACGAGGCUGACGAAUCAGGUGGCGGGACAAGACCUGACACACACGAAUGCUGUACUCUCUACGUACCGUACAUACCGAUGUGAACCUCAGGACGAGUUGAUGAUGUGCAUUGCGGCGAUGAGGUGCACAAUAAGCACCGCGGAUUGACCUCGGGAUAUUCCUAUAAUUAGUACAGGGACGUGUGGACGACGAAGAAAGUGGGAGUUCAUUGGUAGAGAGAUG